AUGGACCUAAAAAUAACCGGUCCAGCGCCCGUCGUCCAAACCGUGGUCAUGGCGCUUAAAUGCGGGGUGAAGAUCGAACGUGCCGGCCGCCUACACGACGGAACAAUCCUACCACGGCCAGACGCCGCGGUGUUGGGCAUCGCAGAUAAGUACGGCUUUCUCGACGAUGACACGCUACAGGAGCUGGAAACGUUUAGUCCGGAACUCCGGCGCAAAGUGGAGAGGAGUCUAUUGGCAAAGGACAAGGUGGCGGGCCACUCGAUAUUAACGCUCGCCAAAAAUAUCUAUGGCAGCGAUGCGCGGUUUGUGUUUGAGCUGUUGCAGAACGCGGAUGACAAUAGAUUCAUACGCGCCCUGCAUCGGGGAGAGUCGCCAUUCAUCUCGUUUGACGUGUAUUCCGAUCGCAUAGUCGUCGAGUGCAACGAGGAUGGAUUCACGAUCAACAACCUGUCCGCAAUCUGCGCGGUCGGAGAAAGCACCAAGUCUACGUCGCAUGGCUAUAUCGGCACCAAGGGCAUCGGGUUUAAAUCUGUCUUCAUCGCUGCGUGGAAGGUGCUCAUCCAAUCGGGCCAUUUCUCGUUUUACUUCAAGCACGAAAAAGGAGACCCCGGCUUAGGCAUGGUCAUCCCCGUUUGGCAAGACUGCGAGGAAGAGAUUGGCGGACAGCUCACGCGCAUCACGUUAUACCUUCAUCAGAGCGGUGACGCCUCGGAUGUUGAGUAUCUGCACCAAACUAUCUUCAAGCAACUGGAAGAUCUCCAAGACACCUGCUUGAUGUUUCUGCGCAACUUGAAGCGUAUCCGCAUUCGCUUCCACAACGGCCCCGACAAAGAAAAGGAAUUCAGCAUGUCCACGAGAAGCGAUGGGAAAACUCUGCUCAAGACCAGCUUAAAAACUACCAACGGCGUUGAAACCGCGCAAGAAAAGGUCUUUCACGUCUCUAGGGCCACAGCGACACAGUUGUGCCAUAGCAAUCAGCGUGACAUCCCCAACACCGAGGAGGGAAGGAGAGCGGCGUCACAGGCCGAUUUGGUCUUGGCCUUUCCUCUAACAAGCACCUCGGAGCCAUUGAUUGCGAGGCAAGAGGUGUUUGCCUUCCUGCCGGUGCGGCUGUCCGAGUUUUCCUUCAUCAUCCAAUCGGAUUUCGAUACUAGCUCCAACAGGCAGGAUAUCGUCACGACAUCCAGGAGGAACAUGGACAUCCUCAAAGCGGUCGCCCGCGUCUUCAUCCAGGCUGUGCUCCAAUUCUGCGAACACCCGGAUUUGCGGUACUCUUGGCCCGCUUUCCUCCCGGACAAAGACCGUCUGUCGCCGUUCUGGAGCACGGUGGAGUCGGAAAUAGCCGCGCUUCUCGAUACAACACCUGUUCUUUUAUCACAACAUUCCAACUCGCUAAAGAUGAUCUGGUUUCUCGCUAUCCCACCCAGCGAUUUCAAAGAUUCUAGCGAAAUCCCCGAGGGCGUGGACCUGUAUAUACUCGACCCUCGAGCAGCGAAAAAUACCGACCGUGCCACCCUUUACACAAAAUUGGGAGUGGAAGAAGCAUCGUUUGCAGAAGUGCGAGACUCCGUGUUUAGGAAAUAUAAACAUCCCAAACUAAGCCUUGAAGAGUCGAGGCGGGACCUGCGAUUUCUAUAUCGCACCCACACCAAUGACGAUGUCGCCAAAUAUGCGAGCAUCCGGAUUGUCGAUGAGAAAAAUAUGCUACGUGAUCCCAGGAACGAGGAUGUAUAUUGCCGCAGUUCUCACCCCUACGGCCCAGAAGCACUGCUAGCUCCAGGGGCCGGCGCACCAGGCCAUGCGGUUAGAUUUUUACAUGCGGCUUAUUUCGAAGACUGUCCCACACAUCCGGACAAGAAGCACUUAACAUGGGCCGAUUGGCUUGGUAGUGUUUUGGGAAUUCGCAAGACUGUGCGGCUCGUGGAUCGCGGAAAAGUAGAGUUCUCGGACAGCUUCCAAUAUGUUGCAAAGCAUCGGCCCGCCCAACUGCUCGGUCUCAUGCAGUAUCAAUGGGCAACUGAGGGAACCACCAUAACCGCCAGUCCCAAACUCCAAUCUUUCCUCCGGGAAAUGGAUGCCGGUAAAUUCUGCACCCGCGCCGAACUGUUUCGAGCGACGAAAUUGUCAUUUCAGCACACCUGGCUGCCCCUGCCGGGUCUUGAGAAGUAUUGCAUGCAAGUUAUGGAACAAGAUGAGGCUUUCCCAUUUCUCAAUGUGGGCGAAGUACCGUCGGCCCAGGCAGCACUGGAAAACCACCUCGAUACCUUCGAUUCGGUCUAUGUGCCAAGACGGGGAAACCGUGAACCCCUCUGGGUCGGCUUUGGCGAAUGCGUGUGGGACGGACCCAUUACCAUGUCGUUAAAGUAUCCGCUUAGGCCCCUGUAUAGCUCCAUUUUAGCCAAAGACCAGCAAAACCGCCUGCACACACUUAUCCAGCUCUUCGGCCAGUGCGGUGUUGAAGAUGCGAGCUGGAAAGAGUUGGUAAGUGAGCUCGAGGAGCUUCGAGACAACGAGAUUGAGGAUCUCGACGCCGUUGUGGCCAUUUACGAUUACAUGCAGUCUUACGUUUGGAACGAACCUGAGAAAAGUAUUGGAGUAAGAGACUUUUUCCGAGAAUCCGCUUUGAUAUAUGCGACAAAAGACGGGAGGCCCGGAUGGUACACGUCCUCCGAGUGCCUGUGGUCGUCAGUAACCGAGAUCCGGGACAGAGUCACGCUGAACGAGCAAUACGAUGAAUUGGAGGAUUUUUCGGGACGCCAGGCCAAUAUUCCCGUGCGAACCCCCGAUGGCGAACUCGUUCUAGUAUCAGCGGCUACGGGGUUUGCAAUAGAGGAUAGAUCCCACCUCGCCAUUGAGUUUCGAGGCAAGAUCAAGAUGUUGGACUUCAGCCUCGAAGACGUGUGGGCCUUGAAACCCUUCCUCGAGUGGGUAGGCCUCACAAAUCGGUAUCUAUCCAAGUGCGUCAAGGAGAUCACGUCAGUUUCGCAGGGUGACGAUCGGCCAAUCUCUAGGCCGAUACGGGACCUUCGACGCAAGGCCCACGCCUUGCUGCGUCUUGCGGCAUCGGCCGGACAAACGGUGGAGAUUGAGAAAGAUAUGGGCAACACACACAUCCGCGAGGAUGACUCUGGUCUCACGAUAUUCGUUCCCAUUGAUAAGACGGCGCAGGCCAUCAGCUUCAGCUCAGCUCUACCGGAAUACCUCGCGGGCUGGCUGGUGAGAGAUCCAAAGACGCUGUUAGGAGAGGCUACGACUGGCCUUUUGUUGACACUGGUCACGAGCGUAUUGCUUGCCGACUUGGAUGUCGUGUCCUCCAUCCUCGAAUAUCAUGGAGUUGUUCGAGUACCUAUACCCAAUGAGGACGAACCGGUCCAUCAAGAUGAGAGUACAGCGUACGGCGGAGACCAAGCGCCACCAGACACGCACGACCAGCCCGAUCGGUUACAGUCGAACACCCCCGAUGCCGAUGCCACCACCAGCGACAACCAUUCUGAACCACUUACACCACAGGAAUCCAUUCACGAAGCAGACGACAACGUGCCUCCUAUCCUCACUGAGCAAGUUGCUAGCGCCCAUAGCAGUAUGGCGUAUCGCCCUUCAUCAGAAACAAGGCGCACGGUUUCCGAUUCCAUCGUGCUCCAGCAGCCAGACUAUGUCAGAGAGAACCGGGAGUACACCAAUCUUCUCAGGAAUGCGGCCCUUCCUGGUGGUAUCGACUUUGAGAGCUUCGAUGGGCUUGAUGUGACUCGGCCAUUCCGCUCCCACAGCCAGCUCGAGCGCGAUAAGCGAGUCGGGGCCGCGGGAGAACUUUACGUGGGUUGA